AUGGCCAAUGAAUUUGCCACUUAUUAUUUUCAAAAACAGCAAUCCAUGCCUCCUAAGCAGCCAAAACUUCCUCCUCAGGAGAGGGAUGCCGGUCGCAGCAUUUCUAUGCCUGCUAGGGUUAAUGCUGCAGAAUCUGGGCACGAAAAAAAGGAUUGCAAGCUGAAGGGACCCCCAGCCCAUUUGCCAAAGAUAGGUUCCCCUGCUGCAGAUACUCACUUAGCUAGACUACCUAGCCCCUUGGCUUCUCCUAGCACGUCACCGACUGUGCCUCUAGGUCCCUCUUUAGCUGGAAGUGAAAGGGACCCAAACAUUCCCAGGCUGGGAACACCAACCGCAUGUUCUGAAGACUCUCCUCAAAUAACUAAUAAGCACGAAGUUACUCCUGAGUCACAUGAUUUAUGCACUACCCCACUUAGUCCAGAUAUUCAGUUCGAUGGCGAAUCCCCUCGAGACCGUACCUCUCCGAAGCCGCUCUCCUCCAGCUUUGUAAAGCGGAAGUACAAGCAAAGCAUCGAAAAGUAUAAGAGCUCAAAGAUGAAUCCUCCUCCGCCUAAGCUGCAUCUAGCAGACCUUCCUCCAACGCACCCAGAUCAUCGAAAUCCUAAAGAUUACCUGGAGCGUCUGAGAACCCCGAGUCCGGUGUUGCUUACUCCAUCUCCUCUUUCUCAUACUGUAACGCGAAAUAACACGCCGGUAACUAGCAACCAGGACCAAAUGGAGGAACGCCUUUUGACACCAGUGGAGUCGCUGACCGAUUGUCUUACUCUCAGCCCUCAACUAUCCGGCUCUCAGCGCCCACAGCUUAACGACAAAGCUAGACCUCGCUCGCCUUAUGAUAGUAAGGUCAUAGAGGACCUCAUCCUGGAACGGCUCGUUACUCCUGAGCUUGUGAGCCACGGGAAAGCACAGUCGCUCGAUAAAGAGUUCCAUUUUCCAAACUGUGAUGAGGACUCUUCGGCCGCCGCAUUCAAGAUGGAUGCAUCCUUUGUUUCCCGCUUGGAGACUCCAGGGGGGAUGUCCUUCUCGAGACCUUUUUCUCGGUUGAAUAGUAACAUUCCCUUUUACAUGCCCGAUGCAGAGAACUACCCUGAAAACGGCAUACCAGAUAUUGCGGACUAUGACGACAAUCUAAUAUCGCUAAACGAUUGUCCACAAGACUAUUCCACGAUUGUCCCUGCACCGGCUCGUCCAGCGGAUGCUUCUUAUUCAGCCCCAUCGUCCAUAGUUCAUGAUUCUCUUGAGGGUAGUAUCUCUGUUCAUAAUAGACUUCAGCCAGGAAAGCAUCCUAUGCAAUAUAUUGAUAGCCUUCCAGCAGUAGAGAGUAGCUGUACCGCUGAUGAUGAGAAGGUGACGGUUAAUGCAACUGGACAAAAUAGAUAUCCAGUGGACCGAGAUGCUGAGGCUUGUCUGGAAACAUUUGACUUACUUAUUCCAGAGACACGGAAAGAUAACCAAUCUAUCUAUAAGCGCGCAACACUUAACAUUCCAAGUAAGAAUAUCUGUAGAAUCUGUCGCUACCCCCUCUACAAGCCAGUAGUACUGAACUGUGCACACACAUUUUGUGCAGAGUGCAUGUACUACUCUCUCCUACUAUGGGAGGGCAAGUGUCCCAUCUGCGAUGCUCAUGUUUCUCAUUUGCCACACGUCGAUGAGACAAUUUCAGAACAACUGGCUUCACAGCUGGGACUUCAAGUACAUCUGGGUGUGGGGGAUGUUGCCCGUGUGCUCGUACCAAGCGGGAAAAUAGCGACAUACUCAUGUGGAAUUAUUACUGCCAUCCAGGACGGCUUUAGCUUCGAGAGUGCCGAUGGAAUCCAUGUUCGUUCUACCCAGGUGUCAAGCAUAACAACAAAGCAGGUGCAGCAGAAUAAUAAGUGCUCUGGUAUGCCAUGCAAGAUAGCUACGGUUCAAUGCGGGUCCUCAAUCUGGCUUGGUCGGCUGCAUGACCUUUUACUUGUGGAUCCACAAACGCUCCCUCUAGGAACGCGGCUUAACACCAGGUCUCUCUGCAUACCUGACUCCGCUGCCCCCAAUCUUAUCAGUGCUUUGUCUAUAGAACCACCCCUAGGCAGUUCAGACUAUGACAAGAAGGAGCAAACCGCUUUGGAAAGUGGUCCUAUUAAUUAUAUAGAACCCCGGUUUCUGCACACUUUCAAACAUAUGCUCAACAAUCUGUCAGAAGGAACGUCUAUGUACAUGCUCCUAGAAGAGUCUUUUGGAUCGGAUAAGACCACUCUUUUUUCAACCACUUUGGAGAAGAUAGAGGGUCCUCCGACCAGCUCCCUACUACGUAUUUGCACAGACCUUUCCGAAUGGCUUUUGAUGCCUGCUAUUUGUUGUGUUAAUUGUAAGAUGGUUGCGCAACUACCAAUCCAACUCCAAUGCGGGUGCCUAUCGUGUAUGAUUUGUUCCUUUGAUUGCUACCAUCACGGCUGGCCCUGCUUUGGUUGCGGGGCACCCAUCACAUUUCUAGGUCUAAGCUUUAGCAGACUACGUGCUAACCCCCAGACUAGUGCGCAAUACAAUCUUCCUCUGAAGGACUUGAAACCCCUCGGGGUUAUUCCAAUGGACACAAAGAUUUUACUGGCGAUAUCAGGCACAAAAGCAGGGAACCCCUAUCUGAGCAAAUACUUCCCUGUCCACGUUCUUCAGGACUCUGGAACAGAUUCAUCGUUCGGGCUUUUGCUGACAGAGCCGAGCGAGAAGACGGCAAAGGUAAUGCUCAAGUCUGGAACAGUGCUCACAGUCGAUGUCAGUCGAAUCCGGCAUAUUCCUUUAGACUCUGUGCGAUUAGCACUUCGUGUCCAAACGCCACUGACUGUCACAUUUAAUCUUCAAACGGAAAGCUCUGCACCAGCCCAACUUCCGCUGCUAUGUCUGACAGAUAUGGCUGUACCCAGACAAUUUGUUACUAGGCUCGGAAGACACAAGAGCACAACCGCAGACGAUCGAUCUAUCACAUCACUGUCCAUCUUUACCAUGGUCUAUAACACCGAUAGUUUUCUGCAUCAAAUGCGUGUCUUAGUUGACGAGAUCAAUGCCCACAAUAAGGAAGUACGUCGCGCACGUUUGCAUGCGAAAUACAAAGUAGAGUACACUGCGCGAAUAGGCAAUGGAGAGCCUCCUAUACCAGAAGAAGAAGGCCAGCGGUCCGACCUGCCUAUCCCCACAACAACUCUGCAAGAAGCAAUGGCUCUGUCCCAAAAUGAGUAUUUCAACGAACAAUUCAAUGACCUUACCAAGCGCCAGGAGGAGAUUGAGCGAGAGCUACGCCUAUUUGGCAUUCUAGAAUGCAGCAGACUGUCAAACUACAUUAAGCUUUUGUCUAGCUUCGCUAUUUCUGAGUUUAUCUGCACUGCCUGUACACGCAUAGCCAUACGACCUGUGCGGCUUCCAUGCAAUCACCUAGCGUGCAAGACCUGUGCAGCAAUAUACUAUGUCUCGCAAACUCCGUGUCUAAUGUGUGGUAGGCUCUUAGAAAAUAUUGCCGAUGCUAAGUCAGACCUCAGGACCUUCCAAAAGAUUUGUAGUCAUAUCCCAGGAAAGCUGCAUACAGAGCAAGUAGAUUGUGGGGCCUAUGUUUGUAAGCCAGCAAAUCGUAACAUAGGCGUGGGAAUCGUUCUAAAUACUAUGAGUCGGGGAGGCAUCAUUUUCGCGACCGUUGGUUUUGUUCGGUCUAUUGAGACAUUCCGCCUGGCCGAGUUAGCUGUUCUUCUUCCUGUUAUGGAGCUUUGCCAAGUUAAUGGGACAAAGAGCUCUGACACCCCUAUGCCGAUUGAAAACCCUAGUGAUACGAUUGGGCAGGCAUGCAUUGUGGUCGCUGAUGGGCCUUAUAAGGACAUUCUUGGCCUCAUCGUGAGGAAGAAUGGCCCGAAAGGAAAGGUGACACUUACUGUAGUUCUGGAGGUAGGGAUCGUGGUACCAUUCAGCCCUGCAGACUUGCACAUCAUCAAACUGAUGGGUCCGCUUUGCAAUUACUCUAAGUUUCGAAUGUAUGCUCAAAUGGCUGAGAAGAGCUUCAUAGCUCAAGAACGACAUGCAUUCAGUGUCGAGGUGGAAGCAGCUGUGCAGAAAGAGCUGGAAGUCACCACUAAUCUAUGCCUGGCUGGAAAGGCACCUCCGCCACCACGAACGGUCUACUCUUGCUUGCCACGAAUGAAUGUGGUGAGCACCAAGAGAUUUUCGUCCCGCUCAAACCAUUCCAGGCCAUAA